AUGCCAUACCAAGCGCAGAUCAGAUUCGCAUCACAACCUCUCUGAAGAGCCAAAGAGGUUCCGUAUGGACAAAGAACAAAUCAAUAUUUGAGUUCUGGGAAAUUGAGGUGACAUUUCGAGUUACAGGAAGAGGCCGCAUUGGAGCUGAUGGACUGGCAAUUUGGUUUACAGAAGAACAAGGUUUGGAAGGUCCUGUUUUUGGGGCAGCUGAUCAGUGGAAUGGAAUUGGAAUCUUCUUUGAUUCUUUUGACAACGAUGGAAAGAAAAACAAUCCUGGUGUGAUUCUUGUAGGCAACAAUGGAAAACUUCUGUAUGACCAUCAGAAUGAUGGUUCCACACAAGCACUGGCAUCCUGUCAGAGGGACUUUCGUAACAAGCCCUAUCCUGUUAGAGCAAAGAUUACAUACUACCAAAAAACCUUGACUGUGUUCAUUAACAAUGGCUUUACUCCAGAUAAAGAAGACUAUGAAUUUUGUGCAAAAGUAGAAGAUAUGAUAUUGCCAUCACAAGGAUAUUUUGGAAUAUCUGCAGCCACAGGGGGACUUGCAGAUGAUCAUGAUGUUCUUUCUUUCCUGACCUUCCAGCUGACUGAACCUGGCAAAGAAGUGCCGGCACCGGAUGCAGAAAUUCCUCAAAAAGAUAAGGAGAAGUAUCAAGAAGAGUUUGAACACUUUCAGCAAGAAUUGGAUAAAAAGAAAGAGGAAUUUCAAAAGGAACAUCCUGAUGUGCAAGGACAGCCAGCGGAUGAUCUUUUUGAAACUGUGAGUGAUCGUGAACUGAGGCAAAUCUUUGAGGGACAGAAUCGGAUUCAUCUUGAAAUCAAACAGCUUAAUAGGCAGUUGGAUAUGAUUCUGGAUGAGCAGAGGAGAUACGUCUCUGCCGUGACAGAGGAGUUUACCAGAAGAGGAGCUGGUGUUUCAGAUCAACAAGGACAGAUUUCUCAGCAAGAGAUCGAUCAGCUUGUAAAAACUCAAGAAGAGCUCAUUAGACAAGUGAAUGAAAUGAGAAAUUCUGUGUCCGAGACACUGAGUUUGGUCAGUGUACCUCAACAUCCUGGCUCUGCUGCAGGAGUCUAUGAAACAACUCAGCACUUCAACGACAUCAAAGAACAUCUUCACGUAGUAAAGAGGGACAUUGAGCAUUUAGUGCAACGAAAUAUGCCAUCGAAUGAGAAACCAAAGUGUCCUGAAUUGCCACCAUUUCCAUCAUGUUUGUCUACAACACACUUCUUCAUAUUUGUAGCAGUGCAAACAGUAUUAUUCAUUGGCUAUAUCAUGUAUAGGAGUCAACAAGAAGCAGCAGCCAAAAAGUUCUUUUGAUGACUUGUUCCUUUUGUGUGUACAUAUCAGAAGUAUGUAUGCACAGAAAAUUAUACAAUUCUGUAAAUGAGGGAAAUUUUAGUGUUUGGUAUACUUCAAUAUUGUAAAUUAUUGCGUUUUUUU